ACUUUGUAGUUUCAGUAUUCAGGGCAAAUAAGUUGAUGAUUGACCCAUCUUUUGUCUUGGUUUUAUAAUUAAUUGAUGGGCUGAGGUUAACACUAAUUUGCAACUUGUUACAGACAAGGGAGUCUUUAUUUUCAUGGCUUUUUUCAUAUAUGUGCACGCUCCAGUGACUUCUCUUUCCGUUCAUCUUCAUGGUGUUCAAUGGUUCUAGAGCUUUUGGCAUAUUUUCAGUCUUAUACAGAAAUAAGCCAUCAUCACAAGAUGUGACAAAUCUUGGUUACAAACAGCUUCAGAAUCUUCUUAUCAGAAAAACGUGUUGACAUUGUGGAGUUGGUACUUCAGUGCCAUUGGACAGACCGCUCAGAUGUGCAACAUAGCAUUUGAAGAGUCUGGCACUGCAAAGCAGAACCUGGCAUUUGGCAUAGCUACUGAUGAAAACUUUGUUAUCACCACAACAAACAGGAAGGAAAUUACAGAAGACAACUUCAGCGAACUUGUUCAAGAUGGAGUUACUUUAUAUCUGCUACAGUCAGUUGAUCAAAUGCUGCUUUCGGCAACCAAGGAGCGAAUCGACUUCCUGCCCCACUACGAUACUCUUGUCAAAAGUGGGAUGUAUGAGUACUAUGCCAGCGAAGGGCAAAAUCCUUUGCCAUUUGCCCUUGCUGAGUUGAUUGACAAUUCUUUAUCAGCUACAUCCCAAAAUACUGGUAUUCGGAGCAUACAGAUAAAAUUGUUAUUUGAUGACUCCCAAGGAAAACCAGCGGUUACUGUGAUUGAUAAUGGAAGAGGAAUGACUUCUAAACAGCUGAAUAACUGGGCCGUAUAUAGACUGUCAAAGUUUACAAGACAAGGUGACUUCGAGAGUGAUCAUUCAGGAUAUGUACGCCCUUUGCCAGUGCCUCGUAGUUUAAAUAGUGAUAUCUCAUAUUUUGGAGUUGGAGGCAAACAAGCAGUGUUCUUCGUUGGACAGUCUGCCAGAAUGAUAAGCAAACCUGCAGAUUCUCAGGAUGUUCAUGAACUUGUCCUUUCUAAAGAGGAUUUUGAAAAGAAGGAGAAAAACAAGGAAGCAAUAUAUAGUGGAUACAUUCGAAACAGGAAGCCAUCUGACUCUACUCACAUCACAAGUGAUGAUGAAAGAUUUCUUCAUAAUCUAAUAUUAGAAGAAAGGGAUAAAGAGAGUUUCACAGCAGUUGUCAUUACAGGUGUACAACCAGAUCACAUGCAGUACUUGAAAAACUACUUUCAUCUUUGGACAAGGCAGCUGGCACAUAUCUAUCACUAUUAUAUCCAUGGACCAAAAGGAAAUGAAACUAAUGCUGUAACAAAAGACAUAAGCCCUUUCAACAACAUUGACAUUCAGAUUUCAAUGUUUGAAAAAGGGAAAGUACCAAAGAUUGUCAAUCUUAGAGAGAUCAAAGAUGACAUGCAGACACUGUAUAUAAAUACUGCAGCAGAUAGUUUUGAGUUUAAGGCACAUGUUGAAGGAGAAGGUAUAGUGGAAGGCAUCAUCCGAUACCAUCCUUUUCUGUAUGAUAAAGAAACAUACCCUGAUGAUCCAUGUUUUCCAUCAAAAUUAAAUGACGACGACGAUGAUGAUGAUGACUGCUUUAUAGUAGAAAAGGGUGCCAGAGGAAAAAGGCCUAUUUUUGAAUGUUUUUGGAAUGGAAGAUUAAUACCAUACACAACUGUGGAAGAUUUUGACUGGUGCGCUCCUCCAAAGAAGAGAGGAUUAGCACCAGUUGAAUGCUACAACAGAAUUUCUGGUGCAUUAUUUACCAAUGAUAAGUUCCAGGUCAGUACAAACAAACUCACUUUCAUGGAUCUGGAGCUGAAGCUAAAAGAUAAGAAUACUCUGUUCACGAGAAUCUUCAAUGGACAGGAGCAGCGAAUGAAAAUUGACAGAGAAUUUGCUUUGUGGCUCAAAGACUGUCAUGAAAAAUAUGACAAACAGAUAAAAUUCACAGUCUUUAAAGGAGUAACUACACGUACUGAUUUACCAUCCAAAAGAAUGCAGAGCCCUUGGGCAAUGUACGCUGCAAUAGAGUGGGAUGGGAAAACAUAUAAAACUGGACAGCUGGUGAAAACCGUUAAGACUCUUCCAAUAUUCUAUGGAAGUAUUGAGAAAUUUUUUUUGUAUGGAGACCAUGAUGGGGAUAUAUAUGCCACUGGAGGAGAGGUUCAAAUUGCUUUGGAACCUCAGGCCUUGUAUGCUGAAAUGAAAACUAUUCCAAUAUCAAAACUUGACAGAACAGUGUCUGACAAAGCUGUUAAAAAAUACAUAGAGGAUGAAAUGGCAAGGCUUCCUGACAAAUUAUCAGUAACAUGGCCUGAAGGAGAUGAGUUAUUACCAAAUGAAACAAGAUUUGCUGGUACACCAAUAGGAGCGUUAAGAAUAGUAAUUUUGAAUAAAAAAGGAGAAGCAAUGCAAAAACUUCCGGGUACAAGCCAUGGAGGUUCAAAGAAACUUCUUGUUGAACUCAAGGUUAUUUUACAUUCACCUACUGGGAAUAAAGAAAUAAUUUCCCAUAUCAGUCAGCAUGGAGGCAAAUGGCCAUACUGGUUUAAAAAAAUGGAAAACCUUCAGAAACUUGGGAACUACACCUUGAAACUGCAAGUAGUAUUGAAUGAAAGUAAUGCAGACACUUACGCAGGAAGGCCUCUACCAUCUAAAAUAUUUAAAUUUACUAUUAUAGAGGGCAAACCAGAGAAAUUUUCAGUGGGUCUUUUGGAGCUUCCUUUUCGAGUUGGAGUACCUUUUAAUAUUCCUUUGGAAUUGCAGGAUGAAUUUGGUCAUGCAACACAGUUGACAACUGACAUUAAACCAAUUCUUGAAGCUAGUGGAUUGACAUUGCAGCAUGAAGAAAUAACUACAGGAACAAAGUGCAUCAUUAAAGGUGUCACUGCUAAAGGCUGUAUAAAUAGUUGCCAGGGCAAGAACUUUAAUCUGAAGGUUACUCUUCCUGGUUUGAAAGAAGACACACAAAUCGUUAAAAUAAGAUUGCAGCCUGGCCCUCCUUGUCAAUUGAAAGUAAAACCAGAUUCUGAAAUUCUAAAGAUUGAAAAUGGUACAGCUUUCCCCUUUCAGGUUGAAGUACUGGAUGAAUCGGGAAAUAUAACAGCACAGCCAAAGUUGAUAGUUCAUUGUAAGUUUUUAGGUGCUUCAAACCUUCCUGUGUAUUCUGUGGACUGUAGUAAUGGAGGAACAAACAUUUUAACUGGUCCAGUUAUACAUGUACAGAAUAUCAAGAAAGACCAAAUGCUGAAAGCAAGGAUUGAAAUACUUAGUUGUAAAGAUGUGCCACCAGUGGAAAAGGUUAUUAAACUUCUUCCUAGCAGUCACGUUGCAAGACUACAGGUCUUGAGUAUGGAUGGACAAAAAGCUAUUCAAAUUAAACAUCAGGAUGAAAUAAAUUGGGUUGCUGGCGAUAUCAUGCACAACCUCAUAUUUCAGAUGUAUGAUGAAGGAGAAAGGGAGAUACACAUAACUCCAGCUGUGGCAGAAAAAAUCAAGGUUAACUGGACACCUAGAAUUAACAGAGAACAGUUAAUUCAGGGAUUAUUACCUGAUGUAAAGGUACCAACAUCAGUAAAAGAUGUACGUUACUGUCUAAUUACUUACCUUGAUGACCAUGUGUCUUUGGAGAGUGCAUUCACAGUCAGACCGCUUCCUGAUGAACCCAAACACAUUAAAUGUAAAUUAAAAGGACCAAAUACACUGCAGAUGGGUGAAGAACUACAAGGUGAAAUUGAUGUAAUGAUUACAGAUCAGUAUGGAAAUCAGGUUCAGACAGUGACAUCUGCGUGUAUAAAUUCCCUAGGAGUUUCUGGGCCUGGACUUGAUAAAUCAAAUUUGAAAAUAACUUGGCAGGAAAGUACUCUAACAAUGAGAGUAAAAGGUAUUCGGUUUAAACCUUGUUUACUUGGAAGCAAAGAACUGUGCUUCGCUUGGCGUGAAUUUUCUGACUUUCUCAGAGUAACUUUAACUGCAGGAUCCCCUGCUAAAUUGCAGUUUGUGGAUUGGCCAGAGUUAGAAAAGCCUGUUGCUGUGAUUAAUGGUAGAGAAUUGCAGAAGCCCCUUAUUGUUCAACUGUGCGAUCAGUGGGGAAAUCCAACUCCUGAACCUAACGUCAAAAUCAGCCUUACAAAGGAUAACAACUUGAAGAUUGUUCCUUCAAACCAGCAACAUAAAACAGAUGAAAAUGGUAGGGCUAACCUGGGAAUUAUUAGUAUCCAUGCACCUAGGGGAGAGCACACUUUACAAAUUAGAGCCUCAUACAACAAGAUCAUGUUAGAUUGUCCUAUAAUCACAUUAAAUGUCCUGCCUGAUCCUGAGAAACCUGUCCGCUUGAACGUUAAAUAUGACAAAAAUGCUUCUUUUCCAGCAGGAGGUACCUUCCCUGAUUUUAUGGUUAGUGUUCUUUCUGAAGAUGACAACAUUAUUAAAAAUAUUAAUCCAGCACGGAUUUCUAUGAAAAUGUGGGAAGCACAGAGCAGCGGAACUAGGAUACCAAUUGAUGUUACAACAUUUAGCUGUAGUAAAGUGAAGGAUGAUAAGGAAGAUGGCUUCUUUUACUUCAGAGAUAAAGUGGUUCCAGAGAGAGUGGGCACUUACAGUAUCCAGUUUACCUUUGCAAUGGAUAAGACAAAUAUGCUCAGCAGUGACCAGAUUAUAGUUGAAGUUGUACCUAAUGACCCUGUACGCUUGUUACCUGAUUCUUUACCAGCUACUCCAGCAGUUUCCAAUGUUCGAGCUCUUACUAGCCGUACACUGGUCAAGGAUUUAUACCUCCAUGUAAUGGAUAAGUACAACAACCACACUGGAAUCGAUCUAGUUGGCAGAAUAAUAGCAAAAAUUAAGAGCCCCAAUGAAGAUGAUACAGAGAUCCCACAGUUUCAGGGGAAAGUCAGUACAAUUGAGUUUCCAUUUGACAGAGGAUCAGCUGAAAUUAAUCUAGUGCUGGCUGAAAACAGUCCUGGAAGAGAUAGCACUGAAUAUAUUCUUGUAUUUGAGCCAGAUCUGCCAGCUUUGAAAAAACCUUUGGAACCAUACCGUCUGUCAUUUAUGUUUUACAAUGAUUUCAAGAAGCAGCAACAGAUGGCAACACUUACAAGGGAGAGAGACCAGUUAUCUCAAUCCAUAGGUGUUUACAGAAGUUGGUUCGAUACUACUAAUCAGCUUGUAACUGAAAUAAAAUGUCAGGUUAAAGAAGCUGAAACAAGAGAAACUCAGCUGAAGAACGAACUGAAAAAACACCAGAUUGAAUUACCACAGACACACACACUUCAGUAUGUGGAUUCUCUUAUAAAACAAAAGAUGUUGGAUCAAGAAGGAGUAAUGAAACAGCCAAGGCGAACAUGUACCCUUCCAAACUAUCCAAAAGGCAACCAGGAUAUUUUAGGCAAGAUUGCACAUUUAGCACAAAUUGAAGAUAAUGAAGCAGCAAAAGUUAUCUCUUGGCAUUUGGCAAGCGACAUGGACUGUGUAGUCACACUGACUACUGAAGCUGCUCGUUCUAUUUUUGAUGAAACUCAAGGUCGACAACAAGUGCUACCCCUUGAUUCUAUUUACAAGAAGACACUCCCUGAUUGGAACAGGCCUUUACCUCACUUAAGAAAUGGAAAAAUCUUCUUCAGACCUAUUGGAAAUCCUGUAUUUGCCAGAGAUCUGUUAACAUUUCCAGAUAAUGUAGAGCAUUGUCAAACAGUGUUUGGGAUGCUCUUGGGUGACACUAUCAUUAUAGAUAACUUGGAUGCUGCCAACCAUUACAGAAAAGAGGUUGUAAAAAUUACACAUUGCCCUACUUUGCUGACUAGGGAAGGAGACAGGAUUCGCAGCAAUGGAAAAUUUGGAGGUCUUCAGAAUAAAGCUCCUCCAAUGGACAAACUCAGAGGAAUGGUAUUUGGAGCACCCAUGCCAAAACUUUACUCUACUUUCUCUGGACAGAUAGAUCUUCUUCAGCAGUACCGUGCAGCAGUGGUGAAACUUGAUAACGUGAAUAAGGACCUUGAUUUACAUUUGCAGUCACUUAACACUCCAGAAGCGCUGAAGAAAAAACAGGAACUUGCCGAACAAGAGAAAAGUCUCAAGCUAAUAGAACAAAAAUUGGGUAUGACUCCAUCAGAUAAAGUCACUGAAUCACUACUUCAGCCUAUAAUGUUAGAUAUGUCUGACACCCCCAUUCCCCCCAAAAGAAUGCGAAGAGAAACAGUAAAAAAAUUGUAUAGCUCAGAAGAAUGGCUCUACUCUCCCGCAAAGAAGCAGCAACAACAGCAACCACUGCAAAUACACCCUUCAGAAUUUAAUGGGACUCCUCGAAAGAGAAAGGCAUAGACUGAUGAGACUUGCUGGAAAUAGCUAUGUAUUGAAAAUGUGAAUACGUUCAGUUAAAGGAAAUAUUCAUGUUGUAUUACCCGUUAUUAUGAAGAUUUUUAUACUGAUAGAUAUAAAUGUAUUUCAGUUAGUAGGAACAAAAAUUUAAGUAUUUAACAUUGAUACCCUAAUUUUUAUAUAGUUAAUUUUCAUUUCUAAAAGCUUUCAGAGUUUUUAUGUUCAUGUGUGGAAAAAGUUUAAAAUAUAUCCUUUUUUAUUUAUGAAAAAAAUCAAUCUUUUCAAUAAAACUGCUUCAAUACAAAGCACUGCCACUAUAACUGAUUGUAAUAAUUAAGUCAACAGAUUGUGCCAUGAAAUGAGAUUUUCAUUUAAAAAGCAUCCCUGGCUGUGUUGGGGAAGAGAACUUUUCUGGACUGCUCUUUUGAGAUGGAUGAGGUGUCAAGGUAAUACCAAUUUAAAAGGGAGGGUUUGAGCAGCGAUAUACUGAGAUCUAACCACAGCCGUU